GUGCCAGUUUGGUUUGGGUUGGAGGCUCUUCAAGACAUGAGAUAAGGGGAAUUCCCGCAUGAAAAUUGAUUGUGUGGUGCGUUUGUGUCACGUUACGUUCUCAGGAGCCGAAACCGGAACCAACAUUGGAUAUGGGGGCUUUGCUAAUAUAUAUGGGACUCUUGUGAGAACUUGGAGGCAUUUUCUACCUAAUCUUCUUCGUCUCGCUCCCUCGCUUUGCCAUGGAACACUUUGGGGUUUUCACUCUGGCGCUUCUCUCGCUUUGGAUCUCGUCUAUUCUCGCAUUGGAUCCCGUGUCGUUAUGUCAUCCUGUCAAAUGUCGCCCUGGUCGGGAAUGCCGUGUCCUGUCAUCGGGAAGUCCAGCCUGCGUUUGUCGGUCCAAAUGCCCACCCACCCACCACAAAGGAUCUCAUCGCCGAAGACACGUGUGUGGGUCAGAUGGAAUGAUGUAUGAGAGCCAUUGCCAACUGCACAGAGAAGCGUGCUUAAGAGGUAUUCACAUCCAUGCCAAGAAGCACGAUCAUUCCUGCUCCAAGGAUCCUCUUAUCCAGCUCAAGAGCCUCAUCCAAAAGGCUGCUGACGAGGUCAAGGCUUACGAUGAAUCUCACAUCGUGGUCCCAAUUGCUUGCCAUCAAAACGAACGGAACCGAAUGCGAGAAUUCUUGAUCAGUUGGAUGAGCCUCACUGCUGAGAAGCAGCCAUGGUACAAUGAGGAUAUGGGCUACCAUCAAAUUGUUUAUCAUCACCUCAAUACAUCUGACAAGGAUAGAAACGGCUUCGUGGACUCAAUCGAGUGGCUUAAGUACAUUGAGCGAAACAAAACUUAUCAAUCAGAUAACGUCAAGAAACAAAUUCAGCAACAAAAACUUCUCUGUUUGGAUGCACUGGUCGAAGAAGGAGACCGAGACCAAGAUUGGCGACUGAGCAAGCAAGAAUUCAUCCAACUUAUGAGCCACGAUUACGAGCCAUCGAACAAAUAUUGUCGAAUGGAUCGGAAACGCUACGAAGAUGGAACCAAAACCAAAGUUGAUUGUAAUGGAUGUGUUUGUAGUUGUGGAAAAUGGAUAUGCACAUCGCAAUUGUGUUCAUCGUCCAAAUCUGAUCAAGAUGAUUCAGAUUCCACAGUGUCCACCACUGAACCAAGCUCCACGGUGGAAAAUUUGGAAAAGGAACUCGAAAGACAACUGCAAAAAGCAUUGUCUGACGAUGUUGAAAUGGGCGAUGACGAAAUAUUCACGUAUGAUGAUAUGGACAAUAUGAUUUAAUAAAGAAAAUCGAAACAUGGUACAAACUAUA